AUGGCAUGGCACAAAUGUUCCUGCAAUUUGUCCUGGUGGUGCAGUACUGAUGAGUCUAAACGAAAGACGCUGGAACGUUGCAAAGCGAAGCACGUCGAUGAAGCCAAGCUCGUGUUGCCUGAGACACCGGCCAAGCUUAGCAACGCACUCUUCCUCAUAUUGUCGCAUGCCGACAACCAUGGCGUGCAUAACCCACUUCUCCAAGAAUUAAAAGGUAUGGGCGCUAACAAAGUCCAUGUUAUUUAUGGAUAUCGAUAUGGCACUGACGAGCACAUGGGCAAGAAGCUGCAGCCCAAUGAGAUCGUGCAUUACUCUGUACGGCACCGAUGGUUUACGAGGCUGCGCAAGCAGUUUCAAGACAACCUCAUCGAUGGUGUUGCCUUGGAAACAUGUUUCUUUCUUGAGCCCGUGAAGGAGGAGGAGGAACCAGGUGAACAACUGCAGGGCGCCAGACCAGCAGCGCCGCCGGCAGAGGUGGAGGAGGGCCAGACGCUCGAUUACCUCGACGAGCGCGAGUACGAGGUCGCCGCAGAAGGCAUCGCGGUCCGCACGCUGCCGGACGAGCGGUCCCCCCGGACCGGUGAGAUUUUGCGCCAGGGUGAUCGGUUCGUGGCCGUUGAGGCCGUGGAUGGCAUCGAUGACGAUCGGCGCCUCUACCUUCGGCUGCCCGAGGGCCGCGGCUGGGUCUUCAACGAUGAGAAGAUCUACCCCGGUCUCCCCUCCGUGCGGCUGGUCUCCGAUAUCAAUGCCUACAAGAAGGCCCACGCGCCACAAAGGAUCCAGCGCCCCUGCGUUGCCGUCGUCGGUCGGCCCAAUGUCGGCAAAUCGUCGCUGGUCAAUCGCAUCGCAGAUAUACCGGAUCAAAUCGGUGGCAUUACGCAUGAUGCGAUCAACGUGACUCAUGCAAAGUGUAGCGCCAACGACUCUGUGAGCCUGUUGCAGCAGACCUCCCAUCGCUGGAAAGGGUUCUUGUUCCUGGAUGCGUAUCCGAGCCAGUAUGUUGCCCGACGGCUCCGGGACGGGCAGUCGGUCCAGAUUGAUGGCAACCUGAACGAGUCUGUUUGGGAGGAGGUGCCGUUCUCAGACGCCCUCUUCAAGGACAUUGCCCAGCCUCUUUUCCCAGACUACGUGCUUCCAGGGAAGUUCGCUACACAUGUCAAAGUGCGCUGGGACGCGGAGUAUUUGUAUGUCGGAGCCUUUGUCGGCGAACCCUGGGUCGAGAACGGCUUCGUGCGGGGGUCCAACCCUGAUCUGACCAGCACGAACCCCAUCGGGAACAGCAACGUCCCGUAUUACGACAACGACUUUGAGGUCUUCAUCGAUGUUGCCGGCACAAACCACUGGUACAAGGAGUUUGAAAUGAACUUCAACAAUGCGACAUAUGACGUGCUGUGGCGUGUACCAGACGGGGGCCUAGGGUCGGUUGGCGUGCCCUGCUGUGCGAUCACGGACCCUUCGUGUCAGAGGUUCUGUCAGAACUCCUCGUGGCCGCCCUUUGGGGGAUCCUGGUCGAUGUAUCCCAACAUGCGAACAGCCACUGCCAGAGCGCAAGGCUGGGCCACAGAGGGAUGGACUGUGGAAAUCGCCUUUCCUCUGCACCCCCGUGACGGUGUUGGCGGCUUGCUCUCAGCGGGCAACGGCACUUCGCUCCCGUCGCGGUAUGACCCAAACGCGGGCGCAAAGUAUUGGUCAGCAGACUUCUCCCGGGCGGAGCAUCCCUUCUUCACCUCGAACGCCUCCCUGUUCGGCCAGCUUUGUCCGUCCAUCCAGAAGGACCAACCUACCCUACUGGGCGCCGACCAGUGGAGCUGCUACUGGGAGUGGGUCUGGCAGCCUGUGGGCGGACACCGCUACAUGCACAACCCCGACACCUUCGGGUUCCUGCAGUUUGCAGGUGCGGAGGGAGAAGAUCUCUGUGGGAAUGUGGAGUGGCCUGCGCGAUACGUCCUUGCACAAGUCUAUCAGGCGGAGGUGGCCUAUGCCCAGAGCACCGGUACCUACACCUGCAGCAUCUGGAAGUUGUUGAAAGGAGGCUUUUGCACCCUGGACAACGGCUGCUACGCCUCCAGUCUCUUCAAGGUAGCCACAGUCUACGCGCGCAUCUUCAAUCUCCACAUCGUCGUCGACAACAUGGCGACUUCGUGCGUGCGGUAUGCUUCGAGCAGCACGCCCGCCAACUACACUGGCGGGCCAUGCUUCACUGCUUCCGUAGACAUGAAGAUGCCAUUCUGGACGCAACUGCACUCACGCAUACGCGGCUCAAUUCGCGAGGACCGGUUUCUUGAUGUCCAUGUGUCCGGCACGCGGGGCCGCGAGUGCUUGAGAAUCUAG